AUGAAUACCUUCGUCUACGAUGUCGUCGUCUGGGCCUUCUCCAUCCUCUUCGACCUCUUCUUCCGCGAAGUGCAUCCGCGCAGCUCCUGGAAAAUUCCGCGCAAAGGGCCGGUGAUCUUCGUCGCUGCUCCGCACGCGAAUCAGUUCGUCGAUCCCCUCAUCCUCAUGCGCGUCAUCCGCCGGGAAGCCCACCGCCGCAUCUCCUUCCUCAUCGCCGAAAAGUCCAUCCGCAGAAAGUUCGUGGGGUUCAUGUCGAGGAGUGUUGGCGCGGUACCAGUCGGACGGGCUCUGGACAGCGUCAGGCUGACGAAAGGGCGAAUCUACUUACCAGACCCGGAGAACGACCCCACUCUCGUCCGAGGCGUCGAUACCAACUUCGAGAGCUCCGAGUUUCGGGUCGGUGGGCUCCUAGUCUUGCCUGCAGUGGACAAUAUUACGGCAAAUGCAGAGAUUCUAGAGAUCAAGGGACCCGAGGAGAUUCGGGUGAAGAAGCCAUUUAAGGGAGAUGUGGCUCUGCGACAGCUGACGGGAAAGAUGUCCAAGGAAGACGGGGCGAACGGAGCGCCAAGCAGGUCUGACCAAGGAGAGUUCAAGGGGAUCGAAUUUAAAGUCGCGCCGAAGGUCGACCAGACGGAAGUUUACGAUGCGGUCUUCAAGAGGUUACAUAGUGGCGGAUGCGUUGGUAUCUUCCCUGAGGGUGGUAGUCACGAUCGCACGGAACUGUUGCCGUUAAAAGCUGGUGUGGCCAUAAUGGCCCUUGGUGCACUAGCAGCAGAUCCGAACUGUGAUCUCAAAAUCAUCCCGUGCGGUAUGAACUACUUCCAUGCACACAAGUUCCGCUCCAGAGCAGUGGUGGAGUUUGGCACUCCGGUCGAAGUGCCGCCAGAGCUAGUGGAGUUGUAUAAGACAGGCGAGCGACGAGAAGCGGUUGGAAAGCUCUUGGCGAAUAUUUACGAUGCGCUGGUUGCUGUCACGGUUACUAGUCCUGACUAUGACACUUUGAUGUUGAUCCAAGCUGCCCGACGGCUAUAUAACACGAAGCAUAAGAACUUCCCACUUCCGAUGGUGGUCGAGCUCAACCGUCGCCUAGUCAAGGGCUACACGAUGUACAAGGAUGAUCCUCGCAUUAUCAACUUGAAGAAAUCCGUGUUGGAUUACAACCAGCAGCUGAUGUCACUCAACAUCCGGGACCAUCAAGUGGAAUAUGCGAAGCUGUCGUUUCCUAAAGUGUUCUUCACCCUGGUAUACCGUGUGGGGAAGCUCUUGUUGCUUUCUCUGGGCGUGCUACCAGGGCUGUUCUUGUUCGCACCUGUUUUCAUUGCCGGCAAGCUCAUUUCCAUCAAGAAGUCCAAAGAGGCCUUAGCCGCUUCGACGGUCAAAAUCCAAGCACGCGACGUCAUAGCGACCUGGAAGCUGCUCGUCUCCUUAGCCUUCGCACCCCUUCUCUACAACUUCUACACCAUCCUCCUCGCCAUCUGGACCUACCGCACCCGAAUCGGCGGUCGCGUCCCCGACUGGGUCCCCCUUUGGAUGACCUUUCUCUUCGGCUACAUCUUCUUCCCGGCCAUCACUUACGCGGCGCUCCGCUUCGGCGAAGUCGGCAUGGACGUCUUCAAAUCCCUCCGCCCCCUCCUCCUUGCCCUCAACCCCACCGCUGGCAACGUCCUCGUCAAGCUGCGCGCCCGCCGGGCCGCCCUCGCCCACCAGGUCACCGAUCUCAUCAACACCCUCGGCCCAGAACUCUUCCCGGACUUCGACGCCGCGCGCAUCGUCGCCGACCCGUUCCGCCCAGGCGACCCGACCACGUCGUCGAACCCGUCGCGCAGUCACGGCCGCGUCGACAGCCGGGACGUGUUCAACGUCGACUCGCCGCCGACAUCGCCCGGGAGCGGGGGGCAGCCGCCGGCGAGCAUCGGCGGGGGGUCAUCGAUGGCGGGGAACCUGCCGCCGAACGAGUCGUUCAACAACCUGGCGGGCAUCGGGCUAUUCGCGACGCGACCCGCGACGCCGAGUAAGAGCCGCAGUCGGGCGAGCUCGAGUGGGGGGUUCCCGGUGCAGGCAUUCAGUACGCUGGAUUCGAAGGGGUCGUUCGACGAGGUGUCGAAGAAGAUUCGGGGGGCGAUGAAGGAGCGGGGGCAGAGGAGGAGGAGUGAG